CUUACUUUUCUCUCUCUUUCGUUCCCCCUUAUCGCUUGCCCCUUCCCCCGACAAUAUCCAGCGCCGCGGCGCUUCAACUUUCGACUGGCAGUUGGCAGCCGUGCGUAAAAGAAAUAAAUAAUCAAAGCGCGACCAUGAAGUGACAAAUAAAGUUGGUGGAAAACGUAGUGAAAGAAAGAAAGAAAGAGAGAAAGCACAAGAAGUAUAUAAUAAUGCUCGACAUAGCGACAGGGAGGAUCGAGAUUUUUUUUCAAGUGUAAAUGAUUUUACCGACGUGUAAUUAACGUUGCAAACUUGGCAAAAGACAAGCACGCACACGCACUCAUCUACAGACACGCACACACGCACGUAUAUACGUAGAGCCGGAUUCGAGCGAUGCGUAUGUUUUGGGAUAAUCGGAGGGGUUUGAUGGGCACCAACGUGAGCAACUAUCUGUGAGGGAAAACGUGGUCUCUCUCGGCAAUUAUAUUUUAUGUACCGAGAGAGAAAGAAAGAGUGAACAAAAAAAGAGCGAAGAAGAGCGUGAGUGGAAGAAAGAGGGAGAGAUAGUGACGCGGGUCGAGCGCGAGUUUAUCCCUCUCUUUCUCGAUAUCCUUGCCGUGUGCGCGCUUGCUGUGUUGUGUGGUUAGGGGGGUAGGAUUUUUUAUUUUUUUUUUCAACCAAGUGUGCGCGUCAAGUGUGUGCGUGUGACUCCGUAAAGUACGUGAACGGGGUAUGCCACACUAUGAAGUUGCGACGUUGCUGUGGGUGACAUUUGUAUUUUUGUGUUCCAAAAGUGUUCGAAAAUUGAGCGGACGAUUAGAUGGAGUUCGAAAUGAACAGUGCACCACAGGGACGUAAAAAAAUUUGAAUUGCUCGGAAAUUAUAGAAGGACUACACGCGAAGGGGAGGGAAAACGCGGAGGGAAUGCGAAAAUUCGGUGAUAGUCAGCUAACAUGAAAACAGAGAAGAAGAACAACGAACCAAGCUGCAUGACAAGCGCGGUUAUAAAGGAAGAGCCGGAUUCCGAAACGGUCAAGAUCAAAGAGGAAAGCGGCGGAUUAAAGAACGAGGAUGCUAGCGGCGAAGAGAACGUCGAUUGUCCAAGGGAUACCACUCUGGAUCCUAGUAACGGCGAGGCUAACAUGCCUACCGAUAGCCAAAACGGACCUCCUAAUCAGUCUAUAUUGAAUAACGUUAAACAGGAGAACGAGCAUAACAAUCCAUCCGACGAGUUACCAGCCGGUAUGAAAAAAAGACUUGAAAGAAGCAAAAAAAAUGGUAUACAACCUUUGGUGAGCAACGUGCUCGGUAAACAAAUGGGAAGCGGAGCAGGAGGCGGGGAGGCCCAGUACAUGCAACAGCAGAGUCAGAUAUUUGUAUUCUCAACAACUCUGGCAAACAAGGGAGCUGAUGCUGUAUUGCAGGGUCAAUAUCCGUCAAUAAUUGCCUAUCACUGCGCUCAACCAGCCACCAAGAAAUAUCUUGAUAAACAUCCAAACAAAGUGAACCAGUUUCGUCAUAAUCCAGCUCAAUGGCUCAACAGUCUGGCAAUGAUGAAACAAAAAGGUCAUCAAAGUAGCGGUGGCCCGAACAGCGGUUUCCCAACAGAACAACCCCCAGAUUUACCCGCCCUUGAUCCAAAUGCACCCUCAUUCUGGAACGAUCAGACGAACAUACGGAAUAUAAACGGCGGUAACUCACUCGGUAAUGCCGAAUCAUCGUUGGACGAUACAAAUAUAGACGUGCCUUGCCUCGUGCCGAAUUCCCCGAGUAAUUCUGCAAAUCCACAACCACCCACAAAUCCUGUAAUGGGUCACAGUCCAAAUCUUUUGGGUGGCACAACGAGUCCCGGUCCUGGUGGCCUACAGCCGUCUCUCCAAGGCGUCAAAGUACCCGAUGAGAAUCUCACGCCCCAACAGAGACAGCAUCGAGAAAGCCAGCUCGCUACGAUAAGGAAAAUGCAAAUGAUUUUCUUUCCGGAGCACAAGGAUGACUCGAGCGGCCCAAUGGAUCCCUCCCAGGGUACACCACCGUCUUCCGGACAAUCGACGAACGUACCGCCCGUCAGCGGUCCCGUCCAGUGUCCCACAUCCAUGGAUUGGCACAAAUUGCAGAAUCAAUUUCUCGAUGGAAAAAAUAAGGUUGGCGUCGGUAGUCCCGGUUCCGUACCUUUACGAGGUUCCGGUAUGGUAGGUAUGCCCAGAAGUCAAGGUCCCCCACCACCCUAUCAUCAAACAACGAGAUCAGCGAGUGUACCAAUUGCGAUACAAAGUCCAAAUCCAUCAUCACCGAACAAUCCAACGAGCAAUUUAUCCCUGCCAUCGCCCAGGGCAAGUUCGGCUUUAAAUUCACCUGCGGAUUGUAAUCGACAGUUUCAAUUGAGCAACCAACAGAGAACCGGUCACAUGCCAGGUCAGAGUCCCACUAGUCAGGAUUCGCCUAAUCCGGCAGUUGGCACAACGUCGGGACCGACAGCGCCGCGACUUAAUCACAGUAAUCCUGGUACGCCUGUCUCACAAUCACAUCUAACGUCACUCAGUCCGAGUAACACAACACCACAGAAGGAGAAUCCUCUCGAUUUUCCAACGAAUCAGCCACCAAAUGUGGACGGUAUGUUUUGCCGAACGCUGCAAUCUCUAGCUCAACAGAAACAACAGCAUGCCGGUGUAAACGCGACGGGGGUCAAAGAAGCGAACCUUAUGCCCGUACCGAGUCCCCAGCAAAUCCAGUAUCUCAAUACUUUCGAAGGGCAAGAGUUAACAAUACAGAAGCAGCCUAAUACUAGUCUCAAAGACGGCAUUCCAUCGACAAACAACACCGGUAAUAAUCCGGAUAUAAGUGGUCGUAUACUGCCGGGAAAUAUGGACGGAAACAAUGGUCAAUUUCCGGGUCGUACGGACGUGGCGAGUCCGUCGAUGGACAGCAUGAAUCGGGGUUUUGGUGCUUCGAUGCACAGUCCGCACACGCCACAUACGCCGCAUACGCCGGGUAACGUAACGCCACAAACGCCGAUAGACGGUGGCAAGACAAACGCGAAUAGUGGAAAAACGUCAGCGAGUGCGCAGAGUAGUCCGGCUCCAUUGAAUGCGAACAUGAGCGGCGACAGCAUGGGACCACCGAGAACGGUGCCGGCUUCGCCGAACACAAAAUCCGAAACGUCUCCGCCCUCUUGCAAGGAAAUGCAGCAGCAGCAACAACAACAGCAGCCGCAACAACAACAGCAACAGCAGCAACAACAACAGCAGCAGCAGCAGCAGCAGCAGCAACAACAGCAGCAACAACAGCAGCAGCAACAGCAGCAACAACAACAGCAACAACAGCAACAACAACAACAGCAGCAGCAGCAGCAGCAACAGCAACAACAACAGCACGUGCAAAACCAUCCACAAAAUCAACAAGGUCCGGGACUGAAUCCGAACAAUCCUGGUGGAAACAACGUUGGCCCACAAAUGGGAGGUCAACAGGUGCCAUUUCCAUGCAGUAGAGGAUCCUCGAAUGUGAAUCAAGGCUCCGACAAUGUACCCUUGAAUCCAAAUAAUCUUGGUGGUCGUUUGGGGCCGAUGGGCCCGAUGGCCUCGAAUCACUUUGAUCCGAUUACUUCGUUAGCUCAAAUGUCGCAACAAUUGACGAAUACGGCAGCGAGCAACGCCCUUGGUAACGACGGACCGAUGCACGCAGCCGGUGGAAACGGUGGAAUGAUGCCGUUCGGUAAUCCUCACGGUAUGCACAUGAUGCAAAUGCCCAGCGGAGAAAUGAACGGAGGCUGUCAUAUGGGUGGUGGUGUUAACGAGAGCGGUGACAUGAGCGGCAUGUGCAUGGGGCUUGGCGGUCCACCGACGAGUUACAGCCCAACAACCUCCCACACCGCUAGUCCCGUCGGGUCCGGACCUAAUAAAAUAGUUCACGCCAUGAUGGGACACGGCAUCAUGUCUCACAAUGGACCACCCUCCGGGUACCCUGGCGGCGAUCCCCACGGUCCUCCACCCAGACUCAUGGGUGGACACGUCCAAGGACCCAAUCCUUACAACGGUGCCAACAUUCAAGUUAAACCUAGCGCCCCGAACACGAUACAGUACUUACCCGCGAGGCCGAACGUCGGACACGCGCCUCGCGGACCACCCAGCCUCGACUUUCUUCAACGUUUCACCAACCCCAUGUCCAACAUGGACCCUAAAAUGUCCUCGCCCUCCGUAAAUCUACAAUACUUUCCAAACGGUUGUGUUCCCAAUAACAUGGGACCACACUCUGGCAUGCCCGCUAACAUGGCCGCCGCUGGGCUUCCCAAUAUCGUCGGAUCCCCCAGAAUGGAUGGACAACAACAGCAACAGCAACAACAACAGUCCAUGGUCAACGCCGGGAUGCAUCCCUCCAUGAGACCUGGCGGCAACAUGAGGCAACCACCGAACAUGAUGCGAAUGCAACACAUGGUCGGUGGUGGCGUUUUCCCCGGGAGCCCUAUGGAUCCUGACAAAGUCUUCCCCCCCGAUAUGGUACAACAACAAGUCAACAAUCAAACUAAUCCUGGGAUGUAUGUUCCCGGGAGCAAAGCAAGCCCCAUGGGACUCGGACCACCCCCUGAUGCCUCCCAACCUCUACCGCCUACAAUGGGCGGUGGACCACCCGGUCCUGGCAAUAAUUUCAAAAACAGCCCCUUCGUUGGCGGCGGACCGAGCAUCGCUGAUCCUAAUUAUGCUCAACAAUUUCAUAACUUUCAACAACAGCUUUACGCAACUGGUACCAGAGGCAGCGGACCGCCUCAUGGCAACCUUCAUCCACCACCGAACUCACACGCUCAUCAACAGUUCUUUAUGCCCAAAUAGACACGAACUAUAUUCACGCUCAGCGAGAGCUGUCAUCGAAGUUGUGAGAGCCUCGGUAAUCGCGAUUCCGAGAUCUUUGUCCCGGGCGCGCUCUAUGGUUUUGUGCGUUUAUCUGUGCGACGAGCCUGUUUGUACUAUACCACUGAGAAAAGAUUUUCUUUCAUGCCUUUCUUCGGUACAACGAAAACUAAUGGUUUUCCAUUUUUUAUUAUUGUAUUGUUAAAAUUUAGCUGAGGCACGUCCAAUUCCUAAACAGAUAUCUCGAAGUUCCGUUUCUCCUUUUUGUUCGUUCAACGCUCAUACGAAUUUUCAGCUUUGAUGGAAUGUUGCUCCAAGUACCAGAGAUACAUAUGAAUUGUUCGUAAAUCGUAAUCGGCUUCUCGCGACGAUUUGAGAAUUACUAGCUGUUUCUAGUAACUCUCAAAAUAUUUAUUUCGUGAUAUCGAAGGGCAUGUUUUUCGUUGAUUUUUAAUUCUUUUCUCAGUGUUCCUCGAGUUCUCUGAUCAAAUUCGAUCGAUGGUGAUGUCAUUCGUUGCUCGGAAUCAAUACUUUUCUGUUCCGAAAAGAAAAGAAAAAAAAUAAAAUAACAGGAGUCUUCUUUUUUCGCGACAAAUUUCGGCAUGUUCCUUCGAUUAUCUCGAGAUAUCGUUCGGUUCUUCCUUAAGCAGACGUGCAAGCGGAGAUUGUCUCCCGAAUUAGCAUAGCCCGAAGUGAACACGAAAAAAAAGGCGAAUUCGAGAAAUCCGGCGAAGCUUUCAGCGAUUAUUCGCCUCGCUUUCUUUCUCUCUCUCUCGCUCUCCUCGGCUCUUCUUCUCUCAGAGAGCGUUCUGUAAAUUCCGUGAGGUUCCACGAUGACCCAUGAAAAUGUCUGCCAAAGUGAUGCUGUAAAUACUCGUAUAAAAUCUGGCUUUUCAUUUCGUAGCGAAUCGUUCGGUUAUUUCGAUGUUGUUCUUUUUCUUUAUUUUUAUUUUUAUUUUUUUUUCCAUUAUCCUCAUCGUUUGUUGAAAUAUUUCCAGAGGUUUCGAGGGGAACGAAAAAUAAAUUGAAAAUAAAAACUCGAACUCGUUCGUGGAGAAUCGCGUCGGGUGCUUUGUUGUUCGCCAGACAUUGAGAGAGGGUAAGAGAAACGGAGGAAGAGGGAGAACGAGAAAGAGAGAGAGAGAGAGAGAGAGAUAGGUGAGGGGAGGUGGUCGAGAAAAAAGAGAAAUUGAGAGCAUCGUGCGCUGAAAAUUGUUACGGCGAAAAAAAUCUCGAACGAAUGUUAUUCGUGUAAAAGAAAAAAGGCCGUUGCCGCAUUGGUCAGGCCGAUUCAUCCUUCCUUUAUCAUUAAAAAGUAAAAAUGAAAAUACUGAAUGCAGUCAAGCAAGCUCAAAUUCAUAACUGUACAUAUAUACGAUAUAUAUAAAUAUAUAUAUAUAUAUAAAUAUAUAUAACAUACAUAUUACACAUACUUACAUAAACACUUACAAGUACACUUACAUACAUACACAUUGACACGAAACGCCUGAUGCAACAUAAUUCUCCUUAUAUUAUCCUCCUUUCCUGAAAUCCUCCUUCGUGACCAACUUUGUGCAUAAUCAUGACCUCACCUAGCGCAUAAUGGUAUAAGUAAACAAAAAACAAGAAAAAAAAAACAAGAAAAAAAUAAUUGACUAAGAACAAUUAUGUUGUUGACGAAUGAUUUUUAUUAUAAAUGAAAAAUAAAAUAAAGAUAUUUACAAGAAAA